ACUGGCAAUUAACAACACUGCAUUUGAUCAUGUUUCACACACAAUAUAAGUGUUCCUAUAUUGUCAUUUUAAAUAAGACCUUUGUUAAGAUAAAAGCCCAAUGGGAUGCUAUACUGUUGAUUCUGCUAUCAGUUAUACUGUUGCGUAAGGGCAGAAAACAGAAAACUAUCAGGACAGCAGCAGAGGAAGGGAACACCAACAUAAACGACAUGGAUUCCAUAACGUACGACCGGUUUAACGCAACUGAGAAUGAGAUUAACCACACUGCUCCGAAAUAUUUUCCUGAACCUGGUAGACAGAACAGAAAGAUGUAUAUAAUAUAUGGGGUUCUCGUCCUUUAUAUGCUUAUACUGACUGUGGCUGUAGGAAUUAAAAUUUCUCAGGUCAGUAAAGAGGUAGCGGAUGUUACUCUUUCUCUUCAGACCUUCGAAACCUCCAUUAAAGAAGCUUCUAAACCUCUGCAAUUUGAAAAACUCCCUGAGCCUGUAGUGCAAGGACCAUGUGAGGUAAACUGGGUGUUUUUUAAAGACUCCUGCUAUUUUCAUUCGACGGCCGGGCAGAAUUGGCAAAAUGCUGAGAAUAUGUGUGUCCGGAAAAAAUCACACUUAGUGGUUGUCAAUAACUUGGAUGAGCUGGACUUCUUGUCUUCAAUUGUAAAACUUCCUACCAGCUACUGGAUAGGGCUUGUUGAGAAAGAUAAGGGCCAGUGGUCUUGGGUCGAUGGAACGGAUUAUAAAGCUUCUGAACACUUUUGGGACGAGGGUCAACCAGAUGACUGGAAUGUCCGUGUGAACGGUGAGGAUUGUGGGCAGCUUCACGGACGGAUCCGUGCGGACAAACGGAGGUUUUGGAAUGAUGCAGACUGCACGCUCUCUUACCCUUACAUCUGUGAGGGCAAACCCAAGGGCCAAUGACAAACCACACCACACACAGUAAAUAACAAGUCAAAGAAACUUUCAUUGAUGGAUGACUGUCAAGAUUACUAAUUUGUUGUUUUUAAAUAUUAAAAUGCAUUUUGUUUGUUUAA